CGCCAGGCACUGUGUGGGAAGCCGAGGGCGCGCCUUUGUGCCUGGCUGGGGUGAGGCUGCAACGGCCCCUUGUACGCCCUGGUCCAUUGUCUUUCCGGCUGGUGCCACCGGGGCGGCUGUAGUGCCGGGCCGGGUGGACACAGGCAUCCCAGGCGCACCGUGGGAGAUGAAGCUCCCGAAGCCGUGGUGGGCGGGCGGCGGCCUCCUGCACCUCACGAUUUUGUUGAGCUUGGUGGGGCUCCCUGUGGACCUGGACUUCUGCCUGCCGCCGCCGGCCGCCUCACUUUGGGAAGAGCUGCUCCCACUCUGCCCCACUCGCCCCGCCUCGGCUUCUAGCCCCUUCUCGGCCUCGGAAGGCUGGGGACGCUCCCCCCUGUUACCGGCCAAAGGCCGGCUGCUGCACGAAGUGCGCGCGCUCGGAGUCCCCUUCAUUCCCCGCACCCGCGUGGACGCGUGGCUAGUGCACAGCGUGGCGACCGGGAACGCAGACGGGGCCCACGGGCUGCUCGGCACUGCCGCCUCGUCGGCCGUGGGAGACGGCGGCCAGGCAGCACCCGUGGGCGGCGGGGACCCCCGAGCGGCUCAUAGCAGCCCUCUGGCCGCCGAAGAGGAGGAGGAGAAGGCGGCAGAACCGACGGCGCAGGUGCCAGAUGCAGGCGGAUGCGGGAGCCAGGAGAAUGAGAUGCUAAGAGAAAAGAGUGAAGCUGUGGAUCACAGUUCCCAGCAGGAGGAAACUGAGGAAGGGGGGUCAGCCCAGGCAAAAUCACGGCAGCAGAGUAAGAAAGAAGAAAACAAAAUUGCAGGCGCAUGUAACUGGGAAGCCGAGACCGCUGAGGCUGGGAAUGAGAGCCAUCUACAUUGGUCAGAUACAUCUUUCUCUCUGGAAGAUUUAUUCCAAGUACUUUCAUCACAGCCUGAACAUUCUCUAGAGGGCAUCUCAGUGGAAGACAUUCCACCUUUUCUGAGCAGUGUCUGUGAAAGUGUGAAUUCUUCAACACAGAACAUAAAUUUGAGCCAAGCUAUAAGCCAUGAUGUCAAUCUUCAUGAAGCCAUGCUGUUGUGCUCCAACACCACCACCUUUAGAAGAGAUCCAUCAGCAAGGUCUACAGUGGCACAAGAACCAUUUCUGCAGUUAAAUUCUCAUACCAGCCCUGAGCAAGCCACUCGUGCAAUGUCUCUUCCACCUGUUGACAAUCAAAUGAGGAACCAAACAAGCCAAGAUCUCUAUGACCUGGAUUCAAAUAUGUUUGAUGGAAUAAGCCUAAUGUCAUUGGCCACAGGUUUCAGUCCACUAGAAGUUUCUCAACUUUUUGAAGAACCAGAUUCUGCUCUCUCAUUAAAUUCAAGUCACAAUAGCACCUCUCUUACCAACUCUAGUUCUUAUUGUAUUUAUAAUGGGACCAUAGGUUACAACAGUGACCUACAAUAUCUUUGUCAUGAUUUAGGAGCUAUAGGAGGCUGCUACCCAGAACCCCAUAAACAUAUGGACCAUAGGACUAUGGUUGGCUUUCAUGGGUCUCUUGAAUGUCAGCAAGUAUUUCAUGACCACACUUACCACUUACAGUCAGGUGUACCAGAUCCUACAUCUGAAUCUUUUACAUGGUCUGGAAAGUCACAGAAAAUCAGUGGGUGCCUUGAUAAUCCAGACAGAAACUUGAGCCGUGAUGAACAGCGUGCUAAAGCUCUGCACAUUCCCUUUUCUGUAGAUGAAAUUGUCCGCAUGCCUGUUGACUCUUUCAACAGCAUGUUAAGCAGACACUACCUGACAGACCUACAAAUUUCUCUCAUCCGUGAUAUCAGGCGAAGAGGAAAAAACAAAGUUGCUGCACAGAACUGCCGUAAACGGAAACUAGACAUCAUUUUAAAUCUAGAAGAUGAUAUAUGUAACUUGCAAGCAAAGAAAGAAGCCCUUAAAAAUGAGAAAACUCAAUGUAACAAAGCUAUUGACAUAAUGAGACAGAAGCUACAUGACCUUUACCGUGAUGUUUUUAAUAGGUUAAGAGAUGACCAAGGUAGGCCAGUCAAUCCAAGCAACUAUGCACUUCAGUACAGCCAUGAUGGAACUUUUUUGAUUGUGCCCAAAGAAAUGGUCUCAUCAGGCCACAAAAAGGAAGCCACAAAGAGAGAAGAAACUGAAUAGUUACAGUGAGCAGCAUCACAAACUGUUCAAACUACUUUAAGAUUUUAAAGGUACUGCUAUCAGUUAAUUCUGAUAAAUGUUAGGAAUCAAGAUUAUGCUUCUGUGAAGUUGGGAGAAUCCACAUUCCUGCAUGAUUCAUAAUGAUGUGAAGUACUCUCCAAAACUACAGCCACCUUGUGGUCACCUGUUUUGAGACUUUGACUCAAAAUUCAGUCUUUUCUGAAGGCUACAUUUUAAUAUUUAACGUGUGUAAAAAAUUUUGUAUUUGAACUUAAAAAAUUUUAUUCCAACAAGUCCAAAGAAUACUUGCCUUAUUCUUUAUAUAUUUAAAAAUCUACUCAGUUAACCGUUUUAACAAUAUGCAAGGUCCAUCAUUGACAAGCUUCAAACCCAAGUACCCACAUUAUUAAAAUGCAGUUACAGGUCACAGAGACCUACAUCCAUAUGAAAUUUACAGCAGCUGCACUAGCCUGUGAUGAUCUAUUUAAAAGACACACACCUGUACAUGAACCACUAGUAAUCUGUAAUAAAAUGGACCACUGUAACUAGUCACAUUUUUAUGAUAUUUGACCUGUCAUCAAUUUUAGGCAAGGUUUUUUGUUGCACUAACAUCCAAAUAACCUAUAAUCAAUGUCUUGUCCCAUGGUCACCCAUUGCUGUGAGUCCUAAAGGUUAUCAAUUGGACUGAAAUACCUGACAAAGGCCAUCAGCUUUGUUUUCUACAAUCAUACUGAAUAUGGGAUGUAUGAGCCAAUGCUCCAUACAUUCACAUCUAGUGCAUAAACCAUGUAAACACUAGCUGUCUCUAAACUUCGGAUCCCAUUAUAGAUCCACCUCAUGGUUGCUAGUAAAUGAACUCCUGGAAGACAAGUCAGUGCUCUUAACCAGCGCCAUCUCUACAUCCCCUAUAACCUUUAUAAACCCAAAGCAAGGAUGCUCCUAGCAUUGUGGAUGCCAGGUAAAAAACCGUUAAGUAUUACACUAAUUGGGGUGGAGAAUGACUGUUCACCAGCUGCUGUGAACCAGAACCUAACUUGAGUCUCAGCAUUUCACACACAUGGUACAAAUUUUCUUGAACAAGGGCUGUCUGGUGAAAACUUCCAUUUUGUCAAAGCGCUUGUAUUAUUUUUCUAUACACAAGACCAUUCAGACACUAGUUCAACCUUGACCUCCAUACUUAGAGCAGAUAGUGUGCCCUUUUAGGAAAGGGGAGAUUUAUCAUCCCAAAGUUCCACAGUAUUUUGCAUUAUGUAUAUAUACAUUAUGCUCAGUUGAGCACAAGGCAAUGUAGGUGGUGUCUGAUCUCUUUGCAAUACCCAUUUAUCAGUACUCUUGGGACAAUACCACUUGUCACAUGUAAGAUUGCUUCUGAGUUGGUAAAAGCUUUCAUAAUAGAAACCCUUGUUCCCGGUAAGUGCUCAACAGGUACCAGAAUGCAGACUGCUCAAGGUGGAAGGCAUGCCAUCCUUCCACCAUCAGUUUAGAACUACCACGAUUAACUGUUCCAAGAGGCCCAAAUUCAAGUUCCCAGCAAGUUAACUCAAUCCAGACAGAUCCAGGGUAUGUAAAAGCUGUGUGCAAUUUAUUCAGAUUAUAAAAGAUAAUCUUAAGACACCUCCAGUGAUCCCUCCUCCCUGAAUUUACUUUUAUAGCAUCAUAGUACCACACCUCUCCUGAGUCAUUGCAUUUUCCCUUUAUGGCACUGCCUCAAUUUCAUUGUUUUAGUGACUUUUUAAAAAACAAUAGUGAUGUAGACUUCAUUUUGCUCCAAAAACAAAUUAAGGGUUUAAUGGCGGCGGGUUAUGUGAACAAGACACUGUCACCAUGCAGCUUUGGGAUUGAGAGCAUGCACCAUAGCACACUACCUCUAUUCUUGAUAUAUUAGUUCACUAGAUGGUAAGAGCUCACAUUUUAUUAGCCAUUGACUUACCUGUAUAU